GCUCCAUCCGGGCCUCCGGGCACCGCCCCUUGGAUGACGCCACAAUCGCGGACGUCUCCUCCGUGACGCAGUCAAACCCGGUCCGUCGCGUUGUGACGUCACAGAGCCCAGGGCCCCGCCCCCCCGUUUUCUCCGUGGGCGCCUCCCUCCGCUCCCCACAAGGGGCGGGACGUUGCGAUGAAACGGGGGCACAAGCCUAAUUCGGCCCCUGGUGGAGCAGGUGAGGCGGGACCAGGUGGGAUGGCAGAACGCCCCCAGGUUCCAGCCUGUCCCACGCGCCAGCCGGGACGGCUCCAACGCCAUCUCCUGAGCGGCGAGUUCGACCAGCUGCGGGAUUUACCCAUCUUUGAGAGCAACUUCGUGCAGGUGACCCGGUUAGGAGAAGUUGCCAACAAGGUCACCAUGGGGGUGGCAGCCUCCAGUCCUGCCCUGGAACUCCCAGACCUGUUGCUUCUGGCGGGCCCUGCCAAGGAGAACGGACGCCUGCAGCUCUUCGGGCUGUUCCCCUUGCAGUUUGUCCAGCUCUUCGUCCACGACGAAAGCCGCUGGCAACUCAAGGUCAAGUUCCGCACCGGCCGCGCCUUCUACCUGCAGCUACGGGCCCCACCGGAGACCCGUGACCGCGAGUUCGGCCAGUGGGUGCGGCUGCUCUACCGCCUGCGCUUCCAUUCGUCCCAGGGAGCCGUACCCUUCACGCAGGAGUACUCGGCGCUGGAGGACGACGAGGAGGAAGACGAGGACGAGGAUCUGACCGAGCAGGAGGAAGUGAGCGGAGGAGCUUCAAGCCAUGGAAGCCAGACUGGACCCACAGACCUCUGAACUCUGGGGACUCUGAUUCCGCCAACAUUCUUUUGAGGUCACUAAAAGACCAGAGAUCAAAGUGUACCCUACCUCGGGGCCGGACAGAUGAAUUAUUAAAGUUAAUAAAGAUCGGCCACUUAAGAAC